CGAAACGUCCGUCAACAGAAGUACUGUUGACAGUUAAGAAUACACAACAUACAAAAAACAGGAGGCAGAACCAAGUGAUUUUGCAAUAAAUUUAUUCUAUUUCGAAUAAAUGAAAAAAGUCAAAAUCGUUGAAACAGGGAAAAAAUUGAAAUUAUUUUAAAAAAACAUUGAAGAAAUUACUUGAAUUAAUUUUUAUUAGUAAAUCAAAUUAGAAUCUUUGCACAAUGAUUUCCUGCUAUAAUCGAGGCUGCGGUAAAGAUUACGAUCCCGCGAACAAUCCAGAUGAUGCUUGUCGCCACCAUCCGGGAACGCCCUUCUUCCAUGAUGCCUACAAAGGCUGGUCUUGUUGCAAUAAGAAAAGUGUUGAUUUUACGGAAUUCUUAAAUAUAAAAGGUUGUCAACUGUCAAAACAUUCAAAUGUUAAACCGGUUGAACCCGAGAAACCAGCACCAAAAGAAAUCGUAGAAGAGCCCGAACCGCCAAAAAUACGCGAACCAGUGAAACCAAGUGCUUUAGAACGACCAUCGUUUGAUACGGAACUCGUGACCGUAAAACCAACCGUUGCUCCAGCCUUAAAACAAUCCAUCGAUAAUUUGGUCGUCAAUGAAACGAAGAAACUGCCAACAAAUAGCCCAACUGAAAUUUCCGUUGGAACCACUUGUAAAAACGGUGGAUGUGGUCAAACGUAUGAUUCAGCAGCAAGCGAUAGCAGCGAAUGUGUACAUCAUCCAGGCGUGCCCAUUUUUCAUGAAGGUCUCAAAUUUUGGUCAUGUUGCACGAAACGAACAACCGACUUCACGGCAUUUAUGAAUCAAAAGGGCUGUGCGUACGGUCAGCACAAAUGGAUCGUCAAUACCAAUGAACACGAAGAAGUAAAGUGCAGAUAUGACUGGCAUCAAACUGCAUCGAAUGUUGUCAUUGCCAUUUAUGCGAAAAUGUAUCACUACGAAAAGAGCUACAUCAAACUCAAUCCGGUGCGAUUGAACGUGUGUCUGGUGUUCCCUCAACAGAAUGAUGCCGAGUUCAAGCUUGAUCUUGAACUUCGUGGUGUCGUCAACGUUUCAAAGGCAACCGUUCAAAUGUUUGGCACAAAAGUUGAAAUUACUUUACCCAAAGCCGAACCAGGUACAUGGGCCACUUUAAAUUUCCCAGUUAAAACAGUAACUGCCAACGCAGACAAAGAAAAGAAACAGGAAGCCGAACCAGUGAAACCAGCCAAUGAUGACGAUGACUCGGAUCUCGAUUUAGAUGAUAUUCAACAAGUUCGCGGCGUUCGAAUUACCGAAGCCUAAAUCAAGCAAACUCACUAUCAUGAAAUUGUUAAAUUCAUAAAACACCAUUUGAACCUUGAAAUAAAAAGGAUUUAAUCAUAAAACCAA